AGACGCAAUAUUAUAGAAAGAUUAUUAUUUGAUUCUUCUACCAGCAGGGCCGGCCUUAAGUAAUUGGAGGCCCUAGACGAAGUGCAUAAGGAGGUUCCAAUGCGAAGCUAAUAGUGUGACCCCAAAUGAAAUUGAAAAAAAAAAUGCAAUGAAUUAUAGACCGUUUAAUAUCUAAAUCUAAAAUCAACAAAUACGUUACUGUCGUGAAUUUGCUUAUUUGGAUUGUCACCCCUUAGUGUUUGUUACACUUGUUAACCUGUGUACUGACCGUAUUUCGUAGUCCGUGUUGUGAACUCUACUAUAUGUGUAGUUGUUUGUCAUUCAGUGAAAUAAAGCUUUGAAUGUAACAUGGUAUUGUUAUUAUUAAGUACAACAAUUUAUUUCACUGAAUCUGUCUAAACAUGGAUAGACUACUUCGGCCUGAAAGGUUCGAUGUGGAACCUACCGCACCUCAAGCACAAGAAAAGUGGCUGCACUGGUACGAAACAUUUAAAAACUUUCUGUCUGUAGUUACUAUAGAAAAUGUAGAUAACAAGCAACUACUAAUUAACUACAUUUCGCCAUCGGUGUACCAGAUGAUUAGUGACAAAGAAACAUAUGAGGAAGCGAUCCAGUCACUAAACAACAUCUAUGUGCAGCCCAAUAACGAGGUCUUCGCAAGGCACAAGUUAGCCACGUGCAGACAAGAACAGGGUCAAAGCGUUGACGCCUUUCUUCAAAAACUCCGCAGUCUAUCCAAGGAUUGCAACUUCAAAGCCGUGACAGCUGAGCAACAUCGUGACGAGUCCAUACGCGAUGCAUUCAUAACAGGUAUUGCCUCCAACAGCAUUAGAAAACGUCUCCUUGAGAAAACAGAUUUAAAGUUAAAGGAUGCAUUUGAGGAAGCCAGAGUACUUGAACACGCCUAUCAACAUUCGUUAUUGUACGAGUCACAGUCAGAAACCACUAGUGGGGCUACUACAAAUGCUGUAAGAGAACACCCUGCUGAUCCUGUCGCUCCCCAGUUGCCUGAUCUACGAGCCUCGAUUAAUUCGACUCAAACAAGACAAGAGGUAAGCGCUAUAUCUAUCAAGUGUUACUUCUGUGGCAGAGGAAGACAUCCUCGUAAUGAGUGCCCCGCACGUGAAGCCACAUGUAAUCAGUGUGGCAAGAAGGGACAUUUUCAGAGAUCUUGCAAAUCAAGAAAAUCUACAGCAUUUGCCCUCGCUACGUUGCACUCUUUAGGACUAGGCAAAUCAACCUCCUUGAUUCUUCUCAAUGGGGUGCCACUUAAAGCCUUGAUAGACACUGGAAGCUGUGAGAGUUACGUGGCAGCUCGAGUUGCCAGGAAUCACAAAUGGCCGAUAAAAAUCUCCGUGGACAGAAUAUUUAUGGCUUCUACUCACCUGUCUCGAGUUACUGAAGGCCAUAUCUUUGCUACCAUUCAACUCAAAGAUGAAAAAUAUGAAAAUAUUAAACUGUCACUCUUAGAUGGAUUGUGUUCAGAUGUUAUUCUAGGUUUGGAUUUCAUAAGCCUACACGAGAAUCUACAGAUUCCAUUUAGUGGGAAGAGACCACCUCUGUGCGUAAGUACCCUUAGACCAGCCAAAGUAGAGGCGCCUAGUCUUUUUGGUAACUUAUCUCCAAACUGCACCCCAGUGGCAACUAAGUCACGCAGACACUCACUACUGGACUCUAAGUUUAUUAAUACUGAGAUUCAGAGACUACUCAAAGAAGAAGUAAUAGAACCCUCAAAGUCCCCCUGGCGGGCACAGGUUCUAAUAACAUCCAAUGAGAGGCACAAAAGACGUAUGGUUAUUGACUAUAGCCAGACGAUCAACAGAUUUACGCUGCUAGACGCCUAUCCCAUGCCAAGAAUGGAUGAAUUAGCGGAGAAGAUAUCACAGUUUUCUGUCUUCAGCACUCUGGACCUCAAAAAUGCUUAUCAUCAGAUCCCGAUUAAAGAAGAAGAAAGGCCAUAUACAGCUUUCGAGGCUGGGGGUAGACUUUACCAGUUUCGAAGAAUUCCAUUUGGAGUUACAAAUGGAGUGGCUUGUUUCCAGCGAACCAUAGAUAAAAUAAUCGAAGAUGAGCAACUAGAAAAUACAUUCGCUUAUGUGGACAAUGUGACCAUCUGUGGACAUGAUACUGAAUCUCAUGAUAGAAACCUGCAGAGAUUCUUCAAAGUAGCUCAGAAGUAUGGCAUUACCUUCAACGAAGCUAAAAGUGAGAUAGGAACACAUAGCGUCAGACUGCUGGGAUACGAAAUAUCUAAAGGUCAGCUCAAGCCUGACCCUGAAAGAUUCACAGCCUUGCGGGAAUUAAAUGCUCCGUCGAACCUGCUGGCUUAUUAUUCUCUAUGGAUUCCUAACUUCUCAGACAAAAUCAGCCUCUUAGCUAGAAAUAAACGAUUUCCUGUCCCUGAGGAAGUCAAACAAGCAUUCCAGAACCUAAAGGACGAGCUCGAGGAAUCCGCCGUGUACACCAUUGAUUACACUCGCCCGCUAACAGUGGAGACAGAUGCGUCUGACAUAGCUAUAGCAGCUACACUUAAUCAAGAUGGCCGGCCUGUGGCUUUCUUUUCCCGGACACUAUCGCAAAGCGAAAGGCGGCACUCAUCAGUGGAAAAAGAAGCGUAUGCAAUAGUAGAAUCUUUGAGAAAGUGGAAACACUUUCUUAUUGGAAGACCCUUUACCCUUGUCACAGACCAGCGAUCCGUGUCCUUUAUGUAUUGUAGACAAAAUAAAGGCAAGAUCAAGAAUGAGAAGAUCCAAAGGUGGAGGUUAGAGCUAUCCUGCUUUCACUACGACGUCGUUUACAGACCAGGUACACAGAACACUGCUGCUGACACUUUCAGCAGAAAUCGCUACUUAUCCGCAAUGUCACGUAACGACCUAAAAUUACUCCACAAUAGUUUGUGUCACCCUGGUGUAACAAGAAUGCUACAUUUUGUGAGAUCAAAAAAUCUACCUUUUUCCACCGAUGACGUCAGAACAGUGAUCGACCAGUGCCAGUCAUGUGCUGAACUUAAACCUCGAUUCUUCAGGCCGCCAAUAGGACAAUUAAUCAAAGCCACUCAGCCAUUCGAAAGAAUAAGCAUGGACUUUAAGGGACCUCUCCCUUCCAACUCACGCAAUAAAUAUCUGCUUACCAUGAUCGACGAAUUCUCUAGGUUUCCUUUUGCCUUUGCAUGCCCAGAUAUGUCAUCUGCUACUGUUAUUAAAUGCCUAAAUGAGUUGUUCGCCUUAUUCGGGCUACCUUCCUAUGUCCAUACCGACAGAGGUACUUCCUUUAUGUCUGCUGAAGUACAGAAGUACCUUAACGAAAGAGGAGUUGCUACGAGCAGGACCACGGCUUACAAUCCUAGAGGAAAUGGUCAAAUAGAGAAACUGAACAGUACCCUUUGGAAAGCUAUAACCUUAGCUUUACACUCCCAAGACUUGAGUACGUCUCAGUGGGAACUAGUAUUGCAAGACGCGUUGCACUCAAUUCGGUCACUUCUGUGUACGGCGACGAAUAAAACUCCACAUGAGAGACUCUUUGGAUACUAUCGCAGAAGUACUUCUGGAACAUCCCUACCAACGUGGUUAACAUCUCCUGGCCCCGUGUUGUUAAAAAGAAAUAAUAGAUCCUCUAAGUAUGACCCUUUAACAGAGGAGGUAGAGCUGGUGAACAGCAACCCUCAAUACGCUCUUAUCAAAACAUCUACGGGCCGAGAAGAAACAGUUUCUUUAAGAUUGUUGGCGCCCAAAGAAAAAGACUGUUUCACAGAGAAUGUGAGACCCCCUGUGCUGAGAGACGGUUCCCCCAGGAAUGCGACACCCUCACUUCAAAGCGAAACAGAAAGCAACACAGAGAACUCUUCUCUGAACCCUUCUGUUAACCGAACAACCAAACCACCCCUAUCGGGGGAAGUGGACCCGGUUGAAGCCCCUACCAUCGAGUCACCAAGUAAUGUUGUUAGUACUGAUACUGAUUGUAGUAAUACUGCCGAUCCAAACUGCCGAUACAACCUAAGAGAACGAAAAUCAAGACCCAACUACAGGGUUUAACAGACUGAUGUGUUCGAUAAACAGUUGCUGUAUAAUAGACUAAUGUGUUUGAUAAACAGUUUGCUAUUAACCAGUAUUGCAGAUGUGUUUAGAUGCUUAUGUUUUAUUAAUCAUUGUAUUUACUUUGACAACUUAAUUUUGUGUUAUAUGUAUAAAAUUUAAACGUGGGGUGAAUGUCGUGAAUUUGCUUAUUUGGAUUGUCACCCCUUAGUGUUUGUUACACUUGUUAACCUGUGUACUGACCGUAUUUCGUAGUCCGUGUUGUGAACUCUACCAUGGGCGUAGCCAGGGG